AGAAUACAGAAUAGUGAUUAGAUACAUAGACAGGGUUCGAGGUUCUCAGAAUUGCGGUUGGUUUCAGUUCGAAGCACGUCCCAGCCUGCGUUUUCAACGCAAUCUCUCGCUAUCUAACGUCAGGAUCACUCACCUCUCAAAGAUUUCAGUUCUUCAUUUGGUCUUAGUUCACCGGUCAGAGCUCCUUGUUCUGUUUUUGUUUCACAGCUCACAGUAACAUUUGCCUGUGAAACUGUGUGCUUCUUGUACCUUUAUGUUAUGGCACAAAAAGACCGCAAGAAGGGCACUCAGAAUCCUCCAGGGCAAAAUGAUCGCAAUAAGGAUUCAAAUCCUCCUAAAGGGUCUGGUGAACCAGAGUCGAGUGACAAGAAAACUCCAUGGCCACUGAAGGCCAAAUCUAAAAUCGUUAAGAAAUCUAAGGGUGGUAAGUUUAAGACCAUGAAUAAAGGUUCUCAACAGAUUGGGGAAUAUGGAAGAAAUAGGAAGAACAAAAAAGUAGUAGGCCAUAGUGAUGAGCUGCCUAAAGAGAAGAGAGAGAAAGCUGAAAAGAAUGAAGAGAAGGAAAUUGAAAAUGGGAGCACUAGUGGCAAACGUCCUGUUGAGAAUAGAAGGCUGUGGUUUAAAAGAGAUAAGAUUGUAAAGUUGGAUAAGAAUGAACCAAAACUGAACAGUGAAGAGAAGAAUAGAGAGUCGGACCGGAAUGCGAGGAGUAGAGUAAACAAAACCAAAGAUAAUGGUACUGAAAAUACUGAAUCAAGUGAGAGAAAGAAAGAAAAACUUGGUGGUUUCAUCUUCAUGUGCAAUGCGAAGACAAAACCUGACUGUUUCCGCCAUCGUGUAAUGGGUGUUCCAGCCGGUAAACAAGAGAUUGUUUUAGGUAUAAAGCCUGGGACUAAGCUUUUUCUGUAUGAUUUUGAUCUGAAGCUGUUGUAUGGGAUUUACGAAGCUUCCUCUUCUGGUGGUAUGAAACUUGAACCCCGUGCUUUUGGUGGUAACUUUCCUGCUCAGGUGCGGUUCAAGGUUGCUUCUGAUUGUUUCCCAAUACCUGAAAGCAUUUUCAAGCAGGCCAUCAAAGAAAAUUACUCUGAAAAGAACAGGUUCAAAACAGAACUUACUGUUAGACAAGUUAGGAAGCUCAGUGAAUUUUUCCGACCAGUGGGUAUUCAUUCAUCCUCGCAGCCUGUCCGCUCCCCUCCAAAAGCAAUAAUUCGAGAUAGGGAAGCUGUUGAUGGUGUUGGGAGGUCGUGGCCCCAUUCGCAUAGAGAAAUACCUCAUGUGCUGUCUCAUGAAAGAGAUGCGGGAUUUGAACCGCAAGAGGAAGCUCGUCAUGAUUUAUUUCUUACCGAAAAGAGUUACCGAGCUUAUGGUCUCCAAGGACUCCAAGGAGAGAGAAGAAAUGUGACUUCAGCUUCACUAGUUAAUCCCAUACAUGAUCCUUAUGAGAGGGGUUAUGAGAGAGAGCACCUUCAUCAGGUGGACCCUGUCUACAGGAACAUUGUCCCUGCACAUGUAGAAAGUCUUCAUGCUGAUCCUCUUCGGAGUGAACACCAGACCUAUGGUAAUGGUGCUGCGAUUUCUGAACAUGCAUAUGUAGAAAGUCUUCGUGCUGAUCCUCUUCGGAGUGAACACCAGACCUAUGGUAAUGGUGCUACGAUUUCUGAACAUGCAUAUGUAGAAAGUCUUCAUGCUGAUCCUCUUCGGAGUGAACACCAGACCUAUGGUAAUGGUGCUGUGAUUUCUGAACAUGCAUAUAAUCCUUAUCAUGCCUAUCGCUAUGGUGCUGCAAUUUCACCAAGGGGUUCAUAUUUGCCACCGUUGAGUAGAGAAGAAAUUGGGGGAAGAACGCUGAUUGGAACUGAUGACUUACAAAGGAGAGAGGCUGUUCCAGAUAGGCUUUACUCAACAUAUUCUACUGAUGACUUGCAAAGGAGAGAGGCUGUUCCAGAUAGGCUUUACUCAACAUAUUCUGCUGAUGACUUGCAAAGGAGAGAGGCUGUUCCAGAUAGGCUUUACUCAACAUAUUCUGCUGCUGAUGCUUUGUCUGAAUAUAAUCGGAUGCAGCACUACCGGGGAGGACAAUUGGAGGAUGUAGCUGUUCCGGUUUCAUCUCGAUACUCUUUUGCCUCUGGCCCUUCAUAUUCCCUCCGUUAAAUUAAAUUUACCGGAUUAAUCCCCCUUUUCAUAUGUUCCUUAAAAUUUUCUUCUUUUCUGAUGACUGGCGGGAAUUAAAUAACUGUAUGAUAUGUACUUUUUCUUAGGCACCUCUGGAUUUUGAAAGCAUUUUGUGUUGGAACUGAGAUUCAAUGUGCUAAAUGCCUGGUUUCCUGGAUUUAAAGGAUUUCAGCAAUUCUGGUUUU